AUGUCUCUAAUUCAUCCUAUUCAGGAUAUUGUUUCUAGUGAAGAUGGUUCUUUAAUUUUUGGUAUAAUUAAGAAUGAAGUGGUUGUUUUUAGAGUUGAGGAAGGUAAGUCACAACUAGUCGGCAAAUGGGUCGACGAACUGGACAGAAAUGAGGUUAUUCGGGAGAAAGUUGAGAAGGAACAAGCCAGACAGAUCGCUGAGAAUAUUACAAAAAAACGCAAGACUAAUGACGAAUCAGCUAAAACAAUUGAAUCGGAAAAUAAAACUGCUAAAAUUCCAACACCAGGUCUAGGUGCUCCAACUGUUUAUUCGCAUUUGAGAAAUGUUACUUUAUCACAUGGGGAGAAGUUAUUGAUUAUUUGUGCUGAUUCUGAUAAAUCAGUUAUCAUUUUUGAUAUUGAUAACGAUAAUAAGGAAAAUGUUUUACAAUUGAAGAAAAGACAGCCAUAUCCAAAAAGACCAAACGCUAUAGCUAUUUCGGAUGAUGAUAAAUUAAUCGUGAUAGCUGACAAGUUUGGUGAUGUCUACACUAUGAGUGUCGAUUCAGACGUAAAAAAAAUCGACGGUAACGUUGAACCUGUCUUGGGACACGUAUCAAUGUUAACAAGUAUUGUAGUGGUAAAGGAUUCGGAAAAUAAAAAAUAUAUCAUAACCGCCGACAGAGAUGAACAUAUUAAGGUAACCCACUAUCCUCAAACCUACAUUGUUAAGCAUUGGUUAUUUGGUCACAAUGAAUUCAUUUCAUCAUUAUCUGUUCCUCAAUGGAAUAAAACUAAUGAUUUGUUAUUAAGUGCUGGUGGUGACAGGUAUCUAUAUUUAUGGAAUUGGGGAAAAAAUGAACUACUAUCAAAAUUCAAUUAUGAAAAAUUAAUUGACAAAUAUAUUACUGAUGCUCAUUUAGCUUCCGAAAGGUUUCAAAAUGAAGAAAAUAAUUUGAGAGAAUAUUGUGUUUCUAAAAUAGUAUCAUUACCAAGUAACAGACUUGUUGCCUUCUUUGUAGAAGCCACUCCUUUACUAAUUAUCUUAAAAUAUUCUCCAGAAGAUAACACUUUAAAAUUAUUUCAAACAAUGGAAUUUGCCUUCAACAUAAUUACAAUGAAUGUCAAUAAUAAUCAAUUAUUGAUAACUUUGGAUAACCAUGAAUCUCAAAAUAAAGAUUUCAUCAAGAUUCUUGAUUUUAAUGAGAACACUGAUAGGUUCAGUACCAAUGAAAGUCUAUCUAAUAACUUAGACACUACAAUUGCAUCUACAUUAAUUGAAGACAAAACUUCGCAUAUUGGUUCUACUGGCAUUUAUCCAUUAUACACAACCAUUAACCUAAAGAAGCAUGGAGAAUCGUAUUCAUAA